GGUCACACUUUUGUUUACCUCGACGCCUCGCAUGCCGAAUAAAUAGCGAAAUUACGUGAUAAUUGUGCCCGAAAGCUGACUGAAAUCGCCGUCAGCAUGGAAGCCAAGCCCGUGGUGCCGCCCCAGGCACGCCCCCGUCCCAUGGCAGAGCCGCUGCACAUCCAGCGCUUGGAGGCAGCCCUCAACAUGCGACCCUUCAUGGACAUGGCCAAGAAAGCCCUGCGGAAACCACUGAGCAGCAACGAGGAAAGUGACGAGGAGCAGGUGGUCAAGAGAGAGCAGGAUGCCCUGGAAUCUGACGACUCCUCCACCGUGGGCGUCGUCAGGAUGAGGCAGUCCAAUAAGAGGAAGAACCGUUUGCUGGGCAGCAAGGAAGAGCGUCAAAGUGUCAAGGCCCAGCUUUAUAACUUCAACGACCUGACCAGUGAUCGGGAGUGGCUCUACGAUCUCCUACUGAGCGACACGGAAAGCGAUGAUCCCACCAUCACCGAGGAUGAGUAUGUGCAGCAGCUGCUGAGGGAGCACAUCCGGGAACAGCGCCAGCGAAAGAACUACUACAAAAAAGCCACAAAUGCCCAGUAUGCCUACUAUGGCGCCGGUUUACUGUCCAACCACGACGUCUUUGCCGAGCGCCAGCAGGCGACUGCCGGAGUGCGCAAGAGGCGUCGCCGGACAAAGCAGGAGAUUCUCAUGGCCCGUUUGGCCGAAGCUCAAGCUGGACCCAAGCCACCCAAACAGCGAAGGAGGGGUCGCAAGAAGCGGGACAUCAUGGGAUCACCAGAAUCCGGUGAGGUGCCUCCGUCAGAGCUGGGCAAAUACUCGUUCGGUGACACGCUGCCCACCAACGAAGACGAAGACGAGGAUGGUGGCGAGGUGGAUUAUAAAAGGGAGCUUGCUAGCUUGGCUCUGGAUUACCCGGAGGAAGAGGAGAUUGAAGAGGAAGUGGACGUGGUGGGUGGCGCCGAGGGACAAGUGACUAAAGUCCGACGAAAGCGGAAGAAUCCAGCAGCUUUGGCCGCUCGACGUCGUCGCAUCUGGCAGAUUAUGUCCAAAAAGGAAUCGGGCAGACUGCAGCGCAUCAAGAGUAAUAACCACAAGGAGAUGCUGGCCAAUUGCAAGCGUGUGGCUGGCAUGUGUGCUAAGGUGGUACGACAGCGUGCUAUCAACUCACAAAGGAUAAUGAAGGAAACGGUGUGGCGGGCCAAGCGACUCACCAGGGAAAUGCUCGCCUAUUGGAAGCGGUACGAGCGCGUGGAGCGAGAUCAGCGGCGCAAGCAAGAGCGUGAGGCGGAGGAGCAGCGGAAACAGGACGUUGAGCUUAUAGAGGUGAAGCGACAGCAGCGUAAGCUAAAUUUUCUUAUCACCCAAACCGAACUGUAUGCCCACUUCAUGUCCAAGAAACUGGGCCAGGGUACCGAAGAGGAUCAGCUGCGCAUUCUUAGCCAGCUGGAUGAGGAGACCAACGCCAGGUUGGCGGUUCAAGAUGACUAUGACCCAGGGGAGAUGAAGCUGCUGGCUCAGGAGCACGCCGAGGCAGCCAUGCAGAGGGAUCUGGACAAAACCAGGGCAUUCGACGUGUUUGUAAAGAAGGAGGAGAAAGAGAAAGAGGAAAAGGAAAAGGAACUGGAAGGUGAUGAGGAUAUCAAGCCACAACCCCGCCCGGAGAUGAAGGAUCUACCCCAGCCCAAGAUGUUUAAGGGAACUCUCAAGGGCUACCAAAUCAAGGGCAUGACCUGGUUAGCGAACAUCUACGAUCAGGGAAUCAGCGGCAUCUUGGCAGACGAAAUGGGUUUGGGCAAGACAGUCCAAUCAAUAGCAUUUCUUUGCCAUGUCGCCGAGCACUACGGAGUGUGGGGGCCCUUUUUGGUUAUCUCACCCGCAUCAACACUGCACAACUGGCAGCAGGAGAUGUCCAGGUUCGUGCCCGAUUUUAAGGUGGUACCAUAUUGGGGUUCACCUGGAGAGCGAAAGGUACUGCGUCAAUUUUGGGACAAUAAGCACCUGCACACUCGCGACGCCAGCUUCCACGUGGUAAUCACCUCUUACCAGCUAGUGGUUAGCGACUACAAGUAUUUCAACAGGAUCAAGUGGCAGUACAUGGUUUUGGAUGAGGCACAGGCCAUUAAAAGCGCCGCGUCGCAGCGGUGGAAGUUACUAUUGGGCUUCAGCUGUAGAAAUCGAUUGCUCCUCAGUGGCACUCCCAUCCAGAACAGCAUGGCAGAGCUAUGGGCGCUGCUGCACUUCAUUAUGCCAACGUUGUUUGAUUCCCAUGAUGAGUUUAACGAGUGGUUCUCCAAGGAUAUCGAAUCGCAUGCUGAAAACAAAACGGGAAUUGAUGAGAAACAAAUAUCCAGACUUCACAUGAUCCUUAAACCAUUUAUGUUGCGGAGGAUAAAAAAAGAUGUGGAAAACGAGCUGUCGGAUAAGAUCGAGAUCAUGGUGUACUGCCCUUUAACUAUUCGGCAGAAGUUGCUCUACCGCGCUCUAAAGCAAAAGAUCCGGAUUGAGGAUCUCCUGCACCUGGCCAGUGGAAAUACUACUACUUCCUCGUCCUCUUCAGCUUCAAAUCUGAUGAAUUUGGUAAUGCAAUUCCGAAAGGUGUGCAAUCAUCCUGAGCUGUUUGAAAGAAGAGACGCAAAGAGCCCCUUCUUCAUGCGAUGCGCGGAGUAUACGAUUCCCAGAUUGAUUCACGACGAGGGGCUUAUACACAGAAUGUUGCCCAGUCGGAAGCACUUGCUCUACAACCGUUUCAAUAUCUUUAAAUCGGAAUAUAUGCAAAGAUCACUUUUUGAGGAUGUCAGCGUUGAAAGCUGCUUUGGAUUUACCCGCUUGUGUGAUUUAUCUGUAGGAGACAUGGUGGAUGUUACGCUUAAUGGAAUAAUCGAUUUUCUUUUACAUUAUCGAAGAGUUUUGGAGAAGUACCCACUGCUGGCCUACCGUCGCUUUUGGUGGAAGAUGCAACCCGAUAGCAGGUAUCAACUCUUGGAGCCGAUGGUGGAAAACAAACUGGUCCUCGACUAUUUGCCAGAGAAAAGCGUUUUUCGAAACUUUCUGUUCACAGCAAUGACCACCAACGAGAGCACCGUUUACUCUUUCGGCGAUUAUUUCACUUACAAUAUGCAGGAAACCAUAGAACAUCGAGUAAUUCGUUCAAAGAUUCUCGAGGAAAAAUCCUCACUGAUCGAGGAGAUGGCUGAUGAGUCCAAGCAGGAAAUGGAGAUUGAGUCUGUGGAAGUCCAAACUAAAUCGAAUACUAAGAGCGAUGUGAAGGUGACAACGCUGCUGCUGCUGCCAGAGUUUCCGCAUCGCCCUCGAAAACCCAGGAGCUACCAUUGCGAACCGCUCUUCAUGCCCCGUUUCAUUUAUGAUUUGGGUCAGAAAGUGCAGGCGGUGGAUAGGCAGUUAUACUGUGAUAGUCGCACUGCCGCCUGGACACAGAUUCGUCACCAGCAGUGUGAGAACAGCCAGGGAAGGGAGCUCGUCUCCACUGGCUUGGAAUUGUGCAGGCCUUAUAGUGGAUGGUCUUCCAUCGUGGUUCCCGACAAGGAGACGUUGAUCACAGACGCCGGCAAACUAUUUGUUCUGGACACCCUUCUCACUCGCCUCAAGGCGAAUGGCCACCGAGUGCUCAUCUAUUCGCAGAUGACCAAAAUGAUUGACUUGCUGGAGGAGUACAUGUGGCACCGCAAACAUCGAUAUAUGCGACUGGAUGGCUCGAGUAAGAUCUCCGCUCGUCGCGAUAUGGUUGCCGAUUUUCAAACGCGAGCGGAUAUUUUUGUAUUCCUGCUGUCUACAAGAGCCGGCGGUCUGGGAAUUAAUUUAACAGCCGCUGAUACGGUCAUCUUUUACGAUUCGGACUGGAAUCCCACGGUCGAUCAACAGGCCAUGGAUCGGGCCCAUCGUUUGGGCCAAACGAAACAGGUGACCGUCUACCGACUCAUCUGCAAGGGAACCAUCGAGGAGCGGAUUCUGCAGAGGGCCCGAGAAAAAAGCGAGAUACAACGCAUGGUCAUAAGUGGCGGUAAUUUCAAACCCGACACACUCAAGCCCAAGGAAGUGGUAUCAUUGCUAUUGGAUGAUGAGGAAAUUGAAAUGAAAUAUCGCCAGGAGGCCAAACUGCAGUCGUCUUCACCGACUCCAGCAGCAGCCACGCAAGGCGAACGCAAGAGACGACAUCCCAAUAAGGAUGUAAAUUUGGGUGGCACCACCAUCGUGGCCACUUCGACAGCCCAAAAUCCCGACGACGAUGUGCCCAGUUGCAGUUCGGGGGCAAAGCGCCUAAAACUGGAAUCCGAGGAGGACUUUAUCGACGUGGGCAUUACGUCAUCGGCCUCGAGUGUUGGCACGGAUAGCAAUCAUCCUACCCUCAGUCAGGAGACCUAUGUGCCGGGAGCAACCUGUGUCCAGCAGAUGGACAACGAUUCCGAUAAUGAGGCUCUGGUGGUUGAUGGAGAUAGCCCCACGCUGAUGGGCCAAAACGAAUCCAUGAACUUCCUCGGCGACCUGAGCGGCAUUUCGCCGAUGCGGCGACGUCACCACCCGCGCGGCACCAAACGCGGACGUCCGAGGGGCAGCACGCGGCGCGGCGGCGGACACGGCUCAAUACCGCGCGUGCUGACGCCGACGCAAGCGGCGACGCCAGCGGUACCGGCAACGCCGACGCAGGCAGCGGCGGCAGCAGGAGCGGGAAUGGGAUUGGGAUUGGGAACGGGAGCGUCUUCACCCCUGCCGCAGCAGGAAGUAAGUGGCGGUGGCGACAACGCCGGCGUCCCGCUAAGCGAAGAAGAAUACGGUUCCAGUCCCUCUGGACAAUCGCCAGGAGUGUCCGGCAAACGCGGACCAGGACGACCCCGUUCCAAGACCGCCACGCCCAUUAGUCGAGGGACUCGCGGAGCUCCACGUGCCCGUCGACCCAUGGGUCCAUUGCUGGUGCCUCUGGGUCGGAGUCCGGAUGCCACGCCCCCCAGCAGCAGUCCCGCCACAAGUCGAGCACCCAGUCCCUCAACAGGAUCUCAUGCUGGCGGCGGUCAGGAGUAGUUCCUUAAAACAUAUAUCCAUUUGAAUGACAAACAUAAUAAAAAUCCAAAUAUUUGUUCUAA